GAAAUUAUGAUUUAUAAGGGCAGGCAGUAAUCAAGAUUAUUAUGUUAGUUAAACAAAAACAAUUAGAAAUCGAAUGCAAAAGCAAAUUAGGAGGCAUCUAACCGGACAGACAACCGAGACGACAUCGUCUUGGAUCAUUAACUAGAUUCCCGAGAAACAAGGGUAUGUGCCGCCGCUAAAAAUCACAAAAUAACACACGGGGAGGAGCGUGGGACAUUGUUUAUAUCUGCAAGUCGUUCUGUCUCUCCGACUACUGUUGUUGGGCGCCGUGUGGCUUUUUUCUUAAUUUCUCCGUCUGGGCCGGCGAUUCCGCAACCGGGGAUCGAACUUACUGAGUCAUGGGAGCCGAGUUACGCUACGAGAUCGCACAGACUGCUUACAUAAAGAUGGUCCUCCACGCCCUCAGGCAUAGGACCUCCGCCGUCAAUGGAGUCCUUCUCGGACGUGUCUCGCCCCAGAACGAUGUCGUCGAGAUCACUGAUUCUGUCCCUCUCUUCCACUCCCACAUCGGUCUUCUCCCGCAGCUCGAGAUCUCCCUUAUACUGAUAGAGGAGUAUUAUGCUGCCAAAGGUUUGAAUGUUGUGGGCUAUUUCAAUGCUAAUGAGAGGUUUGACGAUUACGAGCUUGGUAGUGUGGCCAAGAACACUGGUGACCACAUAUCUCGCUACUUUCCUCAAGCAGCUAUUCUUUUGUUAGACAACAAAAAGCUUGAUGCAUUGCAAAAGGGUAAAGAUCGAAGCCCAGUGAUGCAGCUUUAUGCAAAGGAUGCAUCCAGAAAUUGGAAGCUAGCGGGGUCAGAUGGUAGCUACCAGCUAACCUUUAAGGAACCAUCAGCAAAUGUAGUUCUUUUGGAUUAUAUUUCAACUGAAAAGUGGCAGGACGUUGUUGAUUUUGAUGACCACCUUGAUGACAUUAGCAAGGAUUGGCUGAAUCCGGAGCUCUUCAAGUAGAUUCGCCCUUGUUGCUAGUGCUCUUGCUACUGAAAGAGUUGCAAAGUACUCAGUUGCUCAUGUAUGGAUUCCAGAUGACAAGGCUUUAACUCGUCAGAGAGACAGAUCGACCAAAAUCAGUUUUCUUGUCCAUGAGAAACAUUUCCCAUGAAUGUAUCAAACUUGUCAUUUGUCUAUUCUUAAACAUUUAAAGUUCGACUUUGAGAAGUGUCUUAGCCACAGAAUUUUAAUUUCAGUUGCAAUUUUUGGUUGUAGAAUUCGAAUGGAUAUACUCGAUCAAUUUUUGGGCC